AUGAACAGUUCAAAUAGUAAAUUUAUAAAUGUUUUAAACUUUUGGAAAGCUUUAGAAGGAAGUAAAAAAGUUGAAAUGCCGAAGAAUGAUGUACUUUUGGUGCCUUGUGAUGCAAAAAUUAUACAAAAAGAUAAUGUAUUUGUAAUUGGUAGUAAUGAAGACCUUCUUCAAAAAGAUAAUUUAAUAGUGAAAUUCAAAGAUAAUAAACUUACUAAAAAUGAUGAUGCAAUUGUAAAAUUAAAUGAUUGUAAAUUAACAAAAAAAGAUGACACGAUCGUGACUUUAAAUGAGUGUAAGAUAUUUGAAAAGAGCGACAUAAUUGUACAACUAAUUGAUAUUCAGUUUACUAGAAAAAAAAUAUUUUUUACUAAAGAAUUUAUUAAUGACUUGAACAACAUUUAUAUUAGAAGAAUGUUACCGACGCGUAGUGAAAAAAAAUUUAUACGAAGCUUAAUGUCAUGUAGUAUUGAUGAUAUUACAAGCGAGGAAUCUGACACAAUACACGAAACUAUUUCACAUAAAAAGUUCAGUGAUAAUCAAACUACAUAUGAUAUCAAAAAUACAGACGAUAGAACAGAUGAUGAUUUUAAUUCGAUAUUUGAAUUUUAUUACAACAGUGACACAAAUAAAUCAGAUACUGAUCAGAUAAAUAAUUUAAGUCAAGAAAAAUGCAAGACGGAUUUUAAUAAAGUAAACAAUCACAAAAAAGUAACCUUUAAAGAUCCUUAUGAAGAAUAUGAUGAGGGAUUAAAUGAUGAAUUCCCCUUAUUAAUAAAUAUAAUGAAAGCAGAAUCUGAAGGGUAUGUAGCGAAAGAAUUGGCAAAAAAGAAGAAAAAAGGGUGGUUUCAAAGAUUUAAAGAAUUGUUUUGUUGUUUAUGUAGCGACAAUGUAUAUUAA